AGCAACUGGUAACAUAAAGGAAACUGCCCCCAGUGCUACCUCAGCUGCCCCGUCCCCUGUUUCUGCGGUUCUGCACGCAGUCAACACUGUUUCUCCAGAGUCCGUAAAUGCACAGGGCCAGCUAAAGGUGUUACUGUUUAUUGUUCCAUUAAAUCUGGACUGGCGCUGUGGUGAAAAGGGGAUAAUGUGAUUUUUUUCGAAGCGGCAGUUCUGAAGCAGCAGCUAACACCUGCUCCUGAGCCUUGCAAGGAAAACCAAGUAUGCCAAGUGCACUUAACUGUACUGGCCAGGAACACGGCACUCUCCCGCGUGAUCCUGGCAGACACAGUCGCUUCCAAUUAACGCCCCUCUUAAUGACUGGGUCACACUUGUGCCAGCAAGCUGGUCUUGGGCAGGUUAGGAGGAGGUGAUUUGGUAUGGGUUGUAGGCUAUAUUCUCUGUUUAUUUUAGAUUUGAGUCUCUACAGAGAAAUGGAAAGAUGUCAUGCUAGUUUUGUCAUGACCUGUUUUGUUUUUUCCAUUCUAAUGGUCUAUAUCAUGAGUGCACGUGUUUACCACACUUCUGGGUUUAAAGCCCCUCCACCCCAGAUGUUUCCGCAGUAAAUCACAGGCUUCUUUUGCAGAAGCAGAAAUUGAGGUCAAUAUGCAAAGAAAAUAUGUGCAGACCAAUUUCUGAUUCCAGAAACGUUCUGUGUGUGAACGGUGGGUUCACAGCUACUCCUAUGCAAAAAUAAACACUUGUUGCUGUCAGCAGGCGCUGCCAGUGGGAGGAUCUAAGCAAACUGUGAGCUCGGUGAAGGUGCAUUCGAUUCUUCUCCGAGGAGUUGCCAGUUCUCUGGGUCCUUUUUGUUUCAGCUUCUUGCUAUGGUGGGAAGCUGAGUGAGAAGACUGUUCGAGUUAAGCUGCUGCAGUAAUAGAUUUUUUUAUCAAACAUUGUAUAAAAAUCAAAUAAUUGCUAGCAUCAAGGAAAUGUCACAUAAUGUUGCCAGAUCUUUUAUGAAAUGGGAAUUUGCUAUCUUGGAUAUCGUAUCUGGUCUUCGUAUCUCUCUAAAGAUGCUUCAUUGGUGGCGUUUAAUGGUAGCCAUUAGAUAAACUCUGCAGUAAAGCCCUUUCUCUUCCACCUUUGUCACAGGCCUCUUCUCUUUCCUGCUCUCCGCUCCCCUGCUGGUGUUGGUGACAGUCUCUGCGUGGAGAGGAUGGAUUGUAUCAAACAAAUUCUUUUGUUCUUCCUGAGCUUGCAGUCAGAGCUGCAGGUUCUGUGCAGAGGGAAUUCAGGAUUCUCUUGACAGACAGCUCCUCACUCCUCCCUGUUUGCCCCUUCUUCCUCUUGUCUCCGGUGUGCUAGCAGUCUCCCCUGCAGGGUGUUCUCAUGGUUCCCGAGGUCCUAUCUCCUUGUCGCGUUCUUACAAUUUUUAUAUUGUGCAGUAACUUUCUCCCAAACCUUUCUGUGAGGUAAUCCAAGCAGCAGCUAUUAUUGUUACACAAACAUUUUGCUUUGAAAGGGAGGGGAUGAUGAAUACAGUGGUAAAGAGGAACUUUCUAAUAUUUCUUAUCAGUCACUGCAAAAUUUCUUAUUAACUCAUGGGAAGAGUUAGUAGACUGAUGUCAUUUUGCUAUCUAAGCACAAAGGCAGAAUAUAUCGCACUUGUGCCAGCCCAUAAUUUUCCUGUAAAGCCUUUAAUGGCACUGUUACUCCAUCCAGUCCCCUUUUGGAGAUUUUUUCGAUGCUGAAAUGUCACUGAACAUCGGGGCACGGCUCCUGCUGCUGGGGAGAGGCCAGGCCACGGGUGGUGGUUUGGGCCGUGUUCAGAUCAAGCUCAGGCUGCCCAGAUGGAGCUCGGGUGUCGUGGCUGAGCUUGUCCUGAUGCUUUGCCUGGCUCUGCAGAGCGCUGUGAGUUUUGCACUUUCAGAAAUGCUGUAACUAACCCACAAAUCAACGUGUGAGGGGCUGUGUUUGCCUGCUGCUGUUUACGAGGAAAACCAGCUGUUUGGUGUGGGCAGUGUGGUGAGGGCUCAUGCUGUCUGUAACUGUUCUGGAGUUUUAACUACUUGAUUCGUCUGUCGUAGAAGAAAGCUUUUGAGCUGAAGGAGCGUGCGUGACGGACGAUCCGUCAGGUCAGAGGGUUUGAGCAUCUGCCGGUACUUAGAAUCACUUCUAAACAAGCAACGCUGGCAGGAUGCUGCUCUCCUUGCUCUUCCCCCACGUGAGCCGGCCCAUCCGACGCCUCGUUCGUGACUUGCACCAUUGCAGACGGGGGCUGUAUGGGCAGAAGAGGGCUGGCUGUUCCCGCAGGGGUCUGCAAACUGCACGGGCAGCCUGCAGCAGUGACGUUACUCCUGUCUUCGCUAGAGCUUUGGCUUUUGGUGAUAAAAUUGCCAUCAUUGACCAGAAUGGUGAGCACACGUACAAGGACCUUUUCAGUCAGAGUCUGUGCUUGUCCCAGGAGAUCUGUAGAAUUCUGAAGUGCUCCAGCAGGGACUUGAAAGAAGAGAGGAUCUCAUUUUUGUGUCCCAAUGAUGCCUCAUAUGUGGUGGCCCAGUGGGCUUCAUGGAUGAGUGGAGGCAUAGCAGUCCCCCUUUACAAGAAACACCCUGUGCAGGAACUGGAGUACGUGAUUCAGGACUCGCAGAGUGCUUUAGUCAUUGCAACGGAGGAAUAUGUGGAGAAAAUAGCCCCUAGUGCUGCGAAGCUGGGAGUCCCGGUUUUGCCGCUUCUUAAAUCUCAUAGCGAUGGAUCUGCAAGUAAUACUGCAGUAGAAGAGGUUCCCUUGACAACCAACUCCUCAUGGAAAGGCAGAGGAGCCAUGAUAAUCUACACUAGCGGGACAACAGGGAGACCGAAAGGCGUCCUCAGUACCCAUGAGAACGUACAGGCUGUGACCACAGGGCUGAUUGACAAGUGGGAGUGGAAGAAGGAAGAUGUUAUUCUGCACGUGUUGCCUUUACAUCAUGUCCACGGGGUGAUCAAUAAGCUUCUCUGUCCUCUCUGGGUGGGAGCGACAUGCAUCAUGUUACCCGAAUUCAGUGCACAGAUGGUUUGGAAGAAGUUCUUAAGCUCCCAAGCUCCCCGUAUCAGUGUCUUCAUGGCAGUACCCACUAUUUAUGCCAAACUGAUUGAGUAUUAUGACAAACAUUUCUCUCAACCACCAGUCCAGGAUUUUGUGCGUGCCUUUUGCCGGGACAACAUCAGGUUAAUGGUGUCAGGCUCAGCAGCCCUGCCUGUGCCUGUCCUGGAGAAAUGGAAGAACAUCACUGGACACACGUUGCUGGAGCGGUAUGGGAUGACUGAGAUUGGGAUGGCGCUUUCUAACCCUUUGCAUGGAGUCCGUGUCCCAGGGUCUGUGGGGACCCCACUUCCGGGGGUUGAAGUGCGCAUUGCCACCGAGACCUUGAAAAGCGGCAUUCAUUCCUACAGCAUCCAUGCUCAGGGAGAUGAAAACAGCACACAGGUGACACCGGGCCUAGAAGGCCAAGAAGGGGAGCUUCUCGUUAAGGGGCCCUCGGUAUUCCGCGAAUACUGGAAUAGACCCAAAGAAACAAAAGAUGCUUUCACGCCUGAUGGCUGGUUCAAAACAGGAGACACGGCAGCAUAUAAAGAUGGCGUUUACUGGAUCAAGGGCCGCACCUCAGUAGACAUCAUCAAAAACGGCGGGUUUAAAAUCAGUGCUCUGGAAGUGGAGCGUCAUUUGCUGGCGCACCCUCACAUAACAGAUGUGGCCGUGAUUGGGCCCCCGGACAUGGUUUGGGGCCAGCGGGUCAGCGCAGUCGUGCAGCUGCGCAAGGGGGAGAUGCUCUCUGUAAAGGACCUGAAGGACUGGGCCAGAGAGACCAUGGCACCUUACACCAUCCCCACAGAACUGAUCGUGGUGGAGGAGAUCCCGCGCAAUCAGAUGGGAAAAGUCAACAAGAAGGAGCUCCUGCAGCGCUUUUACCCAGCCUAGCGCCCAGCCUCAAGCCAGGCCAAGGAGCUCUGGGGUGCUUCGUCCUUCACCGCAUCCAUUUCCAGUGGCUCGCUUUCUAAAACGAUGCUGACUGGUUACCAGCAGUGAUGAGCAGUGGCAGUUCUGGGCUCACUGCAGUGGUCACAGUCUUGUCCAUGGAAUAAAGUCCAAUAAAAGCAG